CUGCUGUAGUACUCAGUCUGUCCCACUGAGCUGUCAACACACAGCAGACACACACUCUUGCCUGUCUGCUUGCGACAACAUUUUUCUAUUAAACUUAGUCCAUUCUUCUCUUCAACGACGUUUUCCUUCAGAUAACAGCUGCUCUCGUCUCACUAUGACUCGAAGGUGAUCUUCAGAGUGUCCAGGUGGUUCUGGGGUUCCAGGUUGGUGUGGUGAGAGAGCAAGCUAAUUGCGGGGAGGAGGACCGCCUGGGGCAACGUGUCCCUGGCUCUCAAGUGACUAAGGGAGGGGCUUGGCAAACUGUUCUGCAGCAUGGAGAAGGAAGACCUGAAGGUCCUCAACAAAGGGGAAGAGGAGGAGAUGGAGCUGCAGGGCUACCGUCUUUGUCGUUGGCGGCUGGCCCUGGUGGGCCUUGGGGUGCUGUGUACAGGGGGCUUCCUCCUCCUGCUGCUCUACUGGAUGCCAGAGUGGUGCGUCAAAUCCACCUGCACCCGUACCACAGCCCGUGAUGCCGAAGUGGUAUUGAUGCGCUCCACGGAUGAGUUCCGGCGCUGGUUCCUGGCCAGGGUGCGAGUGAUGCUGGCCCCGGGGAGCAACCCCUUCCACAGCCUGGAGACCCAGACCACCUCCCCCUCCUCCCCUUCCUCUCCCUCCUGCCCCUUCUCCUCCCCCGCCUCUCCCCCUCUGGCCAACGGACAUACCUCUCACCCCUCCGAUGGCAGCCCCGCUCAGGAGCUCAUCAGAAGAUAUGCCGACUACCAGCCCACACAGAUUCGCUACUUUACCUUCCAUAGCACAAAGUAUUACUGGAACGACGAGAUGCAGAACUUUGAAGUUUUAAACGGCAUGGAGGAUCUGCAGGUCAGCUGCUCCACCCUCCACUCGGAGCACAGUGCAGGCCUGACUAGGAACCAGCAGGAGUACAGGAGACUGUUCUUCGGAGUGAAUGAAAUUGCAGUGAAAGUGCCUUCUGUUUUCAAGCUGCUUAUCAAAGAGGUCCUCAACCCUUUCUACAUCUUCCAGCUCUUCAGUGUGAUCCUGUGGAGUGCCGAUGAGUAUUACUACUAUGCUGUGGCCAUUGUUUUCAUGUCGGUCAUAUCCAUAGCUACCUCUCUGUACACCAUCAAAAAGCAAUACAUCAUGCUUCACGAUAUGGUGGCAGCUCACAGUAUUGUCCGUGUGUCUGUAUGCCGAGCCAACAAUGAAAUCGAAGAAAUUUUGUCUACUGACCUGGUGCCCGGUGAUGUGAUGGUCAUCCCCAGCAACGGGACCAUCAUGCCAUGUGACGCCGUGCUGGUCAGCGGCACCUGCAUCGUCAAUGAAAGCAUGCUCACAGGUGAGAGCGUUCCUGUGACGAAGACCAACCUCCCAAACCCAGUGCCAGGGGAGAGGGGGGAGGAGACUGACAGUGCCUACAACACAGAGGAACAUAAGAGACACACCCUCUUCUGUGGCACCAACGUCAUCCAGACCCGCUUCUACACUGGCGAACUGGUCAAGGCUGUGGUGGUCCGCACAGGUUUCAGCACAGCCAAAGGCCAGCUGGUGCGCUCCAUCCUUUACCCAAAACCCACCGACUUCAAGCUGUACCGUGAUGCCUACCUCUUCCUGUUGUGUCUGGUGGCUGUGGCUGGAAUUGGCUUUGUCUACUCUAUCGUCCUCAGCGUCAUGAACAAGGUGCCAGCUAAGACCAUCAUCAUUGAGUCUCUGGACAUCAUCACUAUCACUGUGCCACCGGCGCUACCAGCCGCCAUGACAGCGGGCAUUGUAUACGCCCAGCGACGCCUCAAACGUAUUGGAAUUUUCUGUAUCAGUCCUCAGAGGAUCAAUAUCUGCGGACAAAUAAAUCUGGUCUGCUUUGACAAGACUGGAACUCUGACAGAAGAUGGAUUAGACUUAUGGGGAGUGCAGAGGGUUGAGAAUGGCAGUUUCCACCUGUCAGAGGAAAAUGCCUACAAGGAGAAUCUUGUCAAGUCCCAGUUUGUUGCUUGUAUGGCCACCUGCCACUCUCUAACCAAAAUAGAGGGCCAGCUGUCUGGAGACCCGCUGGACCUCAAAAUGUUUGAAGCUACAGGCUGGAUCCUGGAGGAGGCCACUGAGGAGGAAACAUCUCUCCACAACCGUAUCAUGCCCACUGUGGUUCGACCCCCAAAACAGCUGUUGCCCCCUGAGCCUGCUGCAUCAACAGAACAGGACAUGGAACUGUAUGAACUCUCGUCAGCGUAUGAGAUUGGUAUUGUGCGCCAGUUUCCUUUUUCCUCAGCACUCCAGAGGAUGACUGUGGUGGCUCGUUUGCUGGGGGAGAAACGUAUGGAUGCCUACACGAAGGGGGCGCCAGAGGUGGUGGUUAGUCUUUGCAAGAAAGAAACAGUGCCAGAAAACUUUGCAGAGGUUUUGGAGAGCUACACCAAGCAGGGUUUCAGGGUCAUAGCUUUGGCUCAUCGUCGACUUGAAUCCAAACUCAACUGGCACAAAGUCCAGAACAUCAGCAGAGAUCAUAUAGAGGCAAACAUGGAAUUCCUGGGUCUCAUCAUCAUGCAGAAUAAACUGAAGGCAGAAACUCCAGGGGUGCUGCAGGACCUCCACGGAGCACACAUCCGAACUGUCAUGGUUACUGGUGACAACAUGCUGACCGCUAUCUCUGUGGCCCGGGACUGUGGAAUGAUUCCUCCCCAAGACACAGUCAUCAUUGCUGAUGCCCUCCCUCCCCAUAAUGGACAAGCCGCCAAGAUUACCUGGAGAUACGCUGACAAGCCGAGCAAGAUAUCUCGCCUGGAGGAAGUGAACAUCAGUCUGGAGGAUGUAUGUCACGUAGAUGAACAGAAAACACAAGAGCUGUACCACUUUGCUAUGAACGGAAAAUCAUUUGCGGUCAUCGAGGAGCAUUUCCCUGACAUGCUUCAAAAGCUUGUGCUGCAUGGGACAGUGUUUGCCAGAAUGGCCCCAGACCAGAAAACCCAGCUCAUUGAGGCGCUGCAGGGCGUAGACUACUUUGUGGGGAUGUGCGGAGACGGAGCAAACGACUGUGGGGCUCUGAAGAGGGCUCAUGGUGGCAUCUCUCUGUCAGAGCUUGAGGCCUCGGUAGCCUCUCCCUUCACCUCUAGGACCCCCAACAUCUCCUGUGUCCCCAGCCUCAUCAGGGAGGGGCGUGCUGCCCUCAUCACCUCCUUCUGUGUGUUUAAGUUCAUGGCCCUUUACAGCAUCAUCCAGUACAUCAGUGUCACUCUCCUCUACUCUAUCCUCAGUAACCUUGGGGACUUUCAGUUCCUCUUCAUCGAUAUUGCCAUCAUCCUCCUUAUUGUCUUUACCAUGAGUCUGAAUCCAGCGUGGAAAGAACUGGUGUCACGUCGCCCACCGUCAGGUCUGAUCUCAGGGCCUCUGCUGUUCUCUGUGCUGACCCAAAUCCUCAUCUGCUUGGGCUUCCAGACCAUUACAUUCCUUUGGGUCCGACAGCAGCCCUGGUACACAGUCUGGACACCACUGACAGAUGUCUGCAACCGUUCAUCACACAUUAACGUGUCUGACGACAAUGACACCGAAGUGGAUGACCACAACAUCCAAAACUUCGAGAACACCAGCCUCUUCUAUGUCUCCUGCUUCCAGUAUCUAAUUGUUGCCAUCGUUUUCUCAAAGGGAAAACCUUUCAGGCAGCCUAGCUACAAGAAUUGGCCUUUUGUGCUGUCUGCCAUUUGUCUGUAUAUUUUCCUGCUGUUCAUUAUGUUCCACCCAGUCGAAGGCAUCGAUGAGUUUCUAGAGAUUGUUUGUGUCCCGUUUGAAUGGAGAGUAAAACUCUUCCUCAUCAUCGUAGUCAAUGCUGCUGUUUCUGUUUUGGUGGAGACCUUCAUCCUUGACAUCAUCUUAUGGAAGCUUGUGUUCAGCCGAGACAAACAUGGCAGCUUUGGCGUCACUCCUGCUGCCCCGACACGACAGGGGGGCAUUGACCUGCGGGCGUACAAGUGUCUGUCCCGGCUGUGCUGCCCACGUAAGACACCCAAGGCUCGCUACAUGCAUCUGGCCCAGGAGCUCAGUGUGGACCCCGACUGGCCACCAAAGCCAACGACCACUACUGAAGCCAAGCCUCGCCCAGAAAAUGGCUCCACCUAUCAAAUCAUGAUCAACUCCUAGCACCCCCCCGGCCCCAGAAUUUAAUCUACCCCUUUCAUACAGUAAACCUGCAUAUAACACAUGUUCAGUGAAUGCAAAUUUGAUCUAUUCAAAUGGAAUUGUCACAGAUACAAGUGCUUGCUAUUACCGUUCAGAGACUUGCGUCCAAAACUGUAGUUCCACAGGCGUUACUGCAAAAGCAUUACAUAAAAGUACCAAAUAAAGUUAAGUUUCGGUUCUCUCAGUACUCCUGCUCUCUGGCUCGCCCACUUGCUCGCUCUCAGGUCUCUCUUGCUUGUAUUCAAAUGUCAUUUAACAUUAACAUUAAAUGUAAUUCCCAUUCCUUAUUGCAAUGUCUGUUCACUGAAGCUGAGCAGCAUUCAACCCAGGCUGGGAGAACGGUUGAUAGGCCAGGUCGAAUUUGCGCGCUUACGUCUUCAGAAAGUGAUGGUUUAAUGUACCGUCACUUUGUAUGAAAGAGGUAUAAAAGAGAGCCAAAGUCCCACUCUGCCAUAGAGCUGGUUUCUGACAUACGUGUGCUGUCAGAAAUGUAAUGGAAGGUGUUGAAUGCUAGAAAGUAAUUACUUUUAUACCAUUGUUAAAAUGAUAAGGUCUUCAGAUUUUAUAAGCAACCACAGCUUUGGCCGUAGAAAGUACGACCCACUCUGACUGAACGGCGAGUGAGAGAAUUGCUUGAUAAAAAGAGAGUCUGGAAGAGGGCGGAAGAAAGCAGUUUCACUACAAAAUUCAAUCAGUACAAUUUAAGUAUACCUUAUUUCACAUUCUGUAAUUAAAAGUGGAAGUACUGGUGGGGUUGAAGGUGCUUGUAGUAAUAGAUAAAUAUCACUGGUUGGCUGUACUGACCAACUCUGUGUAAUUUAUCAGAUUCUGUAUUAUCAGAUCAUAAUCAGCAGCAGGUCUACUCUAUGUUCAUGUUUCUGAGCAGCCACCACCACAUGGUCCUCAAGUCUAACCUGUUGUUGACAGUGCAGGCUCUGAUUGCUACUAUGUAGUGGUCUUAUACAGCUAAUGCACAUACUGUAUGUGUAUGUAUGUAUGUAUGUAUAUAUGCAUACAUACAUACAUACAUAGAGUCAUUUGAAUGAGCUAGCAUUACCACCUGGCUAGCACUCAUUAGAAAGCAUAGACUCAUAACCAAAAAGAAAAGCUUUAUAGCUUAUGAUGGACCCCCAGGGUACUAAUUUGACUCAUACCCAGGAUUCAAAUAGUAUUUUCUUGAGUUGUAGAAGAUUGGGAAUCUUGGAAUGGCUGCAGUCAACUUGUUCAGUUGCACCCUCGCAGCCAGAAAACACAGUACAAUAUACAUCACAGAUAGAUUAUUGAAAUUAAAAUUCAUUGGCCACAUCUUUCAUACAAACUCAAAAACAUUAAGGCCUGUAAAAAGUAAAGGACUUUAGGUGAACUGUGAGGGAGACAGAUCCUCUCUUAACCACAGGCUGGGACCUGUGGCAGGAUCUCCAUUGUGUUUGUCUGUUUGUCAGAGCUCAACUUUAUGUUUUUUAACAGAGAUUUUUAGCCAUGCUCCCAUAGUGGAUCAAUUAGUCCGUCAGUCCAGACUGAAAUAUCUCAACAACUAUUUGAUGUAUUGUCAUGACAAUUGGCAUAGACAUUCAUGGUCCUGAUUUUUCAUGUCAGGACACCAACGGUAAUCAACUCUUCUGUUCAUAAUAGGAUACCUCUGAAACUAAUGACUGAAUCCUCAUCAACCUCAGCUGUACUAAUGCAUACCAUGUUACACUUAAAUGAUAAGUGUUAGCAUACUGUGCUAACAAGUCUGACGGGGAACAACAUGGCCUUUCCUCUGGCGAUCCCCGCAGGCCUAACUUUUUGCCGCACUAGUGAUAAAGAUCUGUCAAUCAAUCGAUCAAAAAAUGUUCACUAGAGUGAAAUGAGCUUUACGCUUUCAUGGGCCACCAGUGUGGCUAUAAACCUUCUUAAUCUUACGUUUUUGCAUCUAUGAGCCAUGUCCUGUCAGCAACUAAUGACAUCAGACAGGAGACUGAAAGCAUACCAAGAUUUGCAUGAAGCCAGCUCCCUCAUCAUCAUCUAAAAUUGUGAUGGUUGCAAUACUAGAAAUAUUACCACAAUUACAGAAUUACUGUAGAAUUAAGAAACACAUUAACAUCUCUGUAUUUUGCAUGAACUAGCUGUUUAUCGUGGACAGUUAAUCACAUGCAUGAGACCGUAUAAAUCAAACUCGUGUCAGAUUGGCUCCAGAAAGCCAGUAGUACUAACUACUUAGGUUUCUUUUUUUUCUUUUUUAAAACUAAAUUUCUUCCUAUGGAAGACUGAUUUAAAAGUGGAAUCGUAAAGGCAAGGCAUUGUGCGUCUCAUCAGCUCACUGCUCUUGGCACAUUUAAAACAUCCAUGCAACAACACACACUGCAUAAGAUGGAUGCUGGUUACCAUAUAUACUCAUGUAUUACACAUAAGGUACCUGCAUAGCGAGUUAAGGGCUAUAUUUUAUGUUGACCACUCUUUCUUUGACAUUUAAAGUGAUGCUCCACAAAAUCUAUUUCAGUGUCAAACACUCGCUCACUCGCUUCCUGUAAACUUUGAAGGUUGCUGUAAAAGGUUGUAGUUUCCUUCUUAAUAACAAAAAAAGUCUAUUGAGAUAGAUUCCAAUGUUGGCACUAAUAGAUGGACAGUGGAGAAGCAGAUAAAUCAUUGUAACUGAUUGAAUUCAAGCUGACCACAGCUGCUGUAAGAAGAAAACAGACUAUUUGCAGCUGCCUUUUAAAGCCACCAUAGUGUUUGAUUUAGGUUGGAGUGUCACUUUGAAGCAAAGACGCCAACACACAAUGUCAGUAUAACCGUAAACUCUGCAUAGCAGCCUGCCUUUCAUGAAUUGUAUGGUUUUUAAAUGGUGUGUGUCCCAAAGUAUUUUUAGAGUGCUAAACAGUGGUCAUGAGACACCAUGUCAAGAGAAUGUCAAAUUAAAUGUAAUGUUUCUUCUUCUCCCUGACAAAAUUAAGUAAAUUCUUCCUCAAACUGCUGGUAACAGCAACGUAUUAUCACCUAAUCAUCUAUGACACCUGACAUCACAUUAACUCCAUUGAUUAUCAAUAAUUUAAUUCGUAUAGAAACAAAUCAGAUUUCUUUGAUAUGAGUAAUAAGGGUCUGAAGUUGCUCAGUUCCUAAAAGCCAUUGAGAUACUUGUAAUAAUAUUACAAAUGCAUAUGAAACAUGGGAUCCAUACUGUUUUUUUAAUGAAAAGCUCAAAUGUGAUAUGUGACCAUAGUUUCAAUGGAUACAUUGUUUAUUAGAUUAGAAAAGUUAUAGUAUUUUGUUAUAGUAUUUUAUGGAUAAAUUGUCAGUCUGAUGAUGAUAUAUAGUAGAUGAAACUGGUUCACACGACUCAAAUGGACUUUCUUGUGCCAAUUUUCAGAAAGUUCCUGAUAUGUAGUCAAAAUAGAAAGUCAAAAUUACUAAUUUCUGUUGAAUUUCAACAAUGUUGCUGAUGUGUCCAAACAUGGGCCUUGUGAGUUUAUAAGCCUCUGAAUAUUCAGUGGUAUGGGUUUUUUUUCUGUUUGCUUUCAGGGUUUAAUUUCUAUAGAUACCUACUGAGGCUAAAAUUGAAUGUUGUGUAAAGAACAAAUUUUAAUGCAAGGCAAUACUAUGGUUAUUGAUUCUAUUUCCAAAGACUUUUCAUCACAUCUGUAUUGGUUAUUUGUAAAAAGAGAACAGACUCAGAAGCAGAAGAGGAAUAUAAUAGGAGGGUGGAUUCUAUCUGUAUAUAUGAGAUGUACAUUUCUAGUGUGUGCAUAAAAGACAAAAGAUUUAGUUAUAAAAAUGUAUGGUUUUUGGAUUAUCAAAGGGCUGGUGUGUCUUUUUCUACUAUUUUGGUACUGUGUUACAAUCAGUUGUCUGUCUACUUUUGAUUUGUACUGUCUAUUGGAUUUAUUUGUACUUUCUCUUUUUGUUAUGGAGUUGCAUUAGCUUGGAUCUUCCUUAUUUGGGCAUGAAUUGUGGGCAUUUAUUUCACAGUUUGAAUUAGUUUGAGUUAGUUAUGAUCGGGGAACUUGGAUCAAUAUUUGUUAGUCUUGGGUAAAUAUAAUGCAGCACACAACUACUUGUUAGAGUUUAAAGGAAGUUGAAAUUAAACCCUCCUGAGUGGAAAGAUUUGUCUCCGCAGGUUCUGCUUCAACUUAUCAGCUUUUUCUUUUGCUUCAAUUUUGUGUCAAUGCUUUGUAUGAAACCAAGGAUCUGACACAAGAAGGGAAUUCAAAUGAUAUGAUAUUAUAUAUUUGAGGCCUCCUCAUUACAAAUUUAGAAUUUGAGCAACAUUUGACAAUCUUGUUACUUUUCUGUCCGACAUACAAACAUAUUUUACUUUCUUUGUCAACCUUUUAAAAAUUAUUUUACCUCUGUAAAAUUAAAAUGUAAUCGGCGAAUUGGAAUGUGCAUUGCUGCUUGAUAUCACCAGUCUGUUGUAGAAGUGAUUUAUAUUGCUGCUAGGGGCAAAAGUGAUUCAGCUGUGUCAUAACCGUGCACCUUGAUACAGAAAAUUCAUCAACUUAAUGACGUGCAAAGUGUAAAUACUAUUGCUUUUCUUCUAGGCUACGGUUUUGCCUUUUAUUGUGACACAGCUAUGUCAAAACAAUGGAUUUUAUGCUGAAACCUCUAUGCUCUUAUACAGGUACAACAUAUACCGACUGUUGACAGUUAGCAUCUUACUCACAUCAUGUAUUUUAAACAAACCAUCGAAUGGCAUUUAGAUUGAGUCAGCCACUGAGUAUGUGAAGCCUCACGUGGAUUUUGUUUCCUCAGGGAAAUGUCUAUUUGUAAUGAAAAGAGAAAAUAAUAAAAGUUGACACCCAAACUGAAUGAAAAUAUACUGUUGGUAAAACUUUUUAUUAUAGUCCAUCUUUAUGUCAGCUCUUUCAGUAGUUGUUUUUUUUUUUUUUUGGGUUUGUUCUUUUUUGCAGCUCCCACUCCCCAGCAAGAGGCUCAUCUGGGGUAUAUGUAUUGUUUUUAUUGGCAGAGAUGUAAAUUUGUUUUUGAACAUUUUUGUACUUUAUAAUUUAUUUUUUAUUUAUUUUCAUUUCUUUCCCCUGAGGAUUGUAUUUCAGAUUGAUCUUGAUUUCUUUCUUUUCAAUAAAUCUUCUCAAAAAUGA